GGCGCCGUUUUCUUCCCGUCCGGUCAGUGAAGCGGAGUCCUGGCCCGGUGGACGAAGGACGGGUGUUGCCACCCGCGUGACGACCGGCGCGGUUCCCCUCCUCGCUUCCCUGCUCGGAGGACCCGGUGGAGGUGUAUGGUCCAUGUCCGCUCGGCCCUCGGCGUGCAAGGGGCGGGACCGGCUCGUGAUUGGCUGCAGCCGUCCGACCCCCUUCGCCGUCCUCCAGUCCCUGUCGCCCGCUGGCGCCUGCGCAAUGAGCCGGCCGUGGGGGGCGGGAAGCGCUUCGCGGCUGCGGAGCCCAUGUCGGCCCUGAGGCGCUCGGGCUACGGCCCCAGUGACGGCCCUUCGUACGGCCGCUACUACGGGCCCGGGGGAGGCGAUGUCCCGGUGCACGUACCUCCGCCCUUGUACCCUCCGCUUCGCCCCGAGCCUCCCCAGCCUCCGGUUUCCUGGCGGGGGCGCGGGGGCGCCCCGGCCGAGACCACCUGGCCGGGAGAAGGCGCAGGUGGCGAUGGCUACUACCCCUCUGGAGGCGCCUGGGCAGAGCCGAGCAGAGCCGCGGGAGGCCACCAGGUAGGCUCCCCGGUCCUUCCCGGGGGUGCAGCGGGGAAGUCACGGGCGGAGGAGCAGCCACCAUAUCCUGGCUUCAAUUCUAACUACUGGAAUUCUGUGAGAGCGCGGGCCCCAUACCCAAAUUCAUAUUCUGUGAGACCAGAGUUACAAGGCCAGGGUGUGAGUUCUUACGCAAAUGGAGCAUAUGGUCCCCCGUACCCUCCAGGCCCUGCAGCAAGCAGUGCCUCAUACUCUGGGGCUUACUAUGUACCUGGGUAUACUCAGAGCAGUUACUCCACAGAAGUUCCAAGCACCUACCGGUCACCUGGGAACAGCCCAACCCCAGCUUCCCGUUGGGUAUACUCCCAGCAGGACUGUCCAACAGAAGCACCACCUCCUCUGAGAAGUCAGGUGCCAGGAUAUCCUGCUUCCCAGAACCCUGGAAUGACACUGCCCCAUUAUCCUUAUGGAGAUGGCAACCGCACUGUGCCACAGUCAGCAGCGACUGUACGGCCACAAGAUGAUGCAUGGGCUUCUGGUGCUUAUGGGAUGGGCCCCCGUUACCCCUGGCCUUCAGCUGCACCCUCAGCACCCCCUGGCAAUCUCUACAUGACGGAAAGUGCUUCACCAUGGCCUGGCAACAGUUCUCCUCAGCCACCCCCUUCACCACCACCCCAACAACCUAAGGAUUCCUCAUACUCCUAUAACCAGUCCAGUCAUGGCAUGAACAGGCACACCUUCCCUUGCAGUGUCCAUCAGUAUGAGUCUUCAGGAACAAUGAACAAUGAUAAUUCAGACCUUUUGGAUUCUCAAGUCCAGUAUAGUGCUGAGCCUCAGUUGUAUGGUAAUGCUGCCAGUGAACAUCCUAGCAGUCAAGUUCCAAGUAAUAAUCUCUCUGAAGAGUGUUUCUCUACAGAUGAAGGCACUCCUCCAAGUAUUAAAAAGAUCAUCCAUGUGCUGGAGAAGGUCCAGUAUCUUGAACAGGAAGUAGAAGAGUUUGUUGGAAAAAAGACAGACAAAGCUUACUGGCUUCUGGAAGAAAUGCUGACAAAGGAACUUUUAGAACUGGAUUCUGUGGAAACUGGAGGCCAGGACUCUGUCCGUCAGGCCAGGAAAGAAGCUGUUUGUAAGAUCCAGGCCAUACUGGAAAAAUUAGAAAAGAAGGGAUUAUGAAAUAAUGUGGAAUGAAGGGUAAGCCUGUUAUUAAUUUGGCCAAAGAACUCUUUAAUUUGGUUCAUUACUAUCUUUGAAAAGCCUGUUGCGACAAGAAACAGCACAUUCCAGCUUUUUUCUGACCUAAAACAUGAAAGGAGGGGAAAAAGGGGAAGCUGGCAGAGGAAUGGAAGAAUACCAGCUACAAGAUUCUUUCCAGCUUUCGGGUGACUGAACACAGUCGGAACCUGGAACCGUCAGCUUUGCCAAGUAGACCCUCUCCUCACUUCAUGGAUGUCUAGGCUGCUUCUCAUCAAGCUACAGGAGGGAAAUAGACACUAGUAACAGGUUUUCAAAGACAUGUCUGGGACACACAGGCUGUUUUAUAAGCAUCUGGACUGUCACAUUUUUGUGCAUUGUGGCUGCAUAUACUUCAUGUGUAUAUUAUAGCUUAGACUCUUGAACCUCUGUUUUGUUUUGUUAUUUGCAGGUCACAAAUGUAAUACUAUUCUACUUCUUGGUACAUUUUGUAGUAAUAUGUUUAAUAUAAUCAAAUUGUCAGCCAGAUAGAUGGGCAAUUCUAAACAAAUUCAUAUCCUUUUACCACUUGAAAAUAUUGCAGUGUGUAGUGGGCUCCUGAAGUCAGUCAUUUGUCUCCCUUUUUGUGUAGCAUGUUAUGUUAGAGUUCUUCCCACUUCUGCUCUUCAUAGUAGUCGGGAAUGUGACUUUGGAAAUUACAUUAACAUAAGAAUGAAAAUGUUUGUAAAUUCUUUGCUUUUUUGUUGUGUUUGGAUAAAGAUCCACUUUGAAAUUGCUUUUUUUUAAAAAACAGUUUCUUUUGGCUAUUGCUGCUUCUGUAGAGAGCCUUAUGAUAAAGACAUGAAAACUUAAAUGCCACAGUUAGUAUAAAUAGUGACUGCAAAAGUAACAGAUAUUGUCUACUGAUACCAUUCUCCGUUUAAUAGUUCCUGUGGGGCAAACUUGAGCUCAGUUGCUAGAAGGAAAAGGAGAUUCAUGCUCAGGGAAUGGAGUCAGCCAUAGCUAACGUGAAAAAUGCAUUAUUUUCUUUUCAUUGAAAUUUGGUCAUUCUUUCAUAGAAUAAAUUGCAUAGAAUUGCCUGUUUCAUAAGAAAGAUAUUAUUUAUUAUUAAUAACACUCAAUUUAGAGCCAAGUUUAAGAAAGGGGCCUUUCUUGGUUAUCUUUAUAUGUUAUUAUACAGAGACAGGUAAAUUUCCUUGAAGCCUAAAGUGAGUUCUAGCAUACAGUGUCUGCUUUUGCAACAAAAGCAGUUUCUUAGUAAAAUAUCAAAGUGAUACUUUUUUUAGACAACAGACCUUUAUAUUAGUGAUAUUAAACCUAUAGCCAUCCAUUCUACUCAAAAGAACCAAACCAAUGCCAACACAGGAUGAGAAGAAAUGUGGUAAAAUUACUGUCCAGGGGCUGAAGAUGUGGCUCAGAGGAGUGUCUGCCUAACAUGAAGUCCUGGGUUAAAUCCCCAGUGUUGCAUAAACCAGGUAGAGUGUAAUGCUUGUCUCAGCAUCUGGGAGGCGGAAGGAAGAAUUGUGGCUUCUGGGUUUAUAUUUUUAAUUAUAACAAUAUUCAGGAGAGGUACAGACUCAGAACUUAAAGAUACAAAUCAUGUUAACUGAUUCCAAAUGGCCAGUAUCGAAGAAAAAGACAUUGGUGACCUGUCUUUGAAAAUGUAAUGAAUCUAAAAAGGAAAAUAGUAUUUAUGAUUUGUAAAAUUUGUUUGACUUUUGACUUGAACUUGAUUUGAAACUGAAACAAUUUUCUUUUGAAAUUUUACAUCUAGACUUUUUUAAGGUGUCUAAAUUUAUAUUACUUUGGGGAUCAUUUUUGUCAAAAUCUUGAAUAAAGUUACCUAUACCUGGCAUGAUAAACACAGCUGUUUUUUCCCUAGCACCUCUGUUCAAUGUGAACGUUUAACAAAUCAGCCCCAGUGAAGUUCCUGGAGCCUAGGUUCUCUUUGUCUCUACGUACUGGUGUUGCUUGUUUUAGUUGCUUUUAAAGAAUUUAAAGAAUGAGUUUUAUAAAAACAAAAACAGAAACAAAAGAAGCCAACAACAAAAGGAAUGGGGUUUGAAAAUACUGCUGUAGUUAGUUGACAUAAAUAAUAACCUUAGAGUGAACCAGAUUUUUUUUACAUUGCAGGGUAGAGAUUAAGUUGUUCUCGAAGGAAAGCCUUGUGAGGGUAAUAGCUGAUAGAGCUUUCUUCUCUUUUUCAUCUUUGACUUUUUUUUUUUUUAAUCCCUUUUUGAAAGUCGUGAGUUUAGGGGAGUUCAGCAGGUAAAGGUACUGUCACCAAACCUGAGCACCUGACUUGAAUGCCUCAAGGACCCACUUGGGGAAAAGGAGAGGCCUGACUGAUUUUCCUCUGGCUUCCAUGUGCAUACCCUAGCAUGCUCGGCUCCCAUACUAAAAAAUAAAUAAGUAUAGAAAAAAAAA